AUUGUAUUCAAUUAGACUUAAAACUAAUCCACUUUCAAUGGCACAAACCAAUUAAGUAAAUAAGGAAUGAAGGUAUGGAAUAGUAGAAUUAGGUUGUACUUCAUUAAAAUUAAUGGAUUCCUCUACAACAGCUUUAGAUGUACAACUCCAAUAAAGAGAAAAUAUACAAGUGAAUAAAAUUGCUACCUUAAAUUAAUGAAAAUAAUUUACAUUAUUGAUUCCAAUUAACAAAUAUUCAGUCAAGUUAUUAAAGGCAUACCAGAUGAAUCCAAUAACAAUACUACACAGUGAUAAUACGAUGCAUAUUGGAGCUAUAAUUUUGAGUGAUGCCAGACUCUUCUACUAUACUUGAGUAGAAUAUUCAUAAUGAUGCCCU